AUGGCGACCGUCGAAGCAACCCCCGCCGCUCCGGCCGAGCAGCAGGAACAGCCAUCUUCAACCUCGGACUUUGACAUCGUGUCAACCUACCGCGGCCUCCUCGAAUCGGACCCCCACCUCACCAAGCCCGUCGCCGCCAUCGAGUCCCUCAUCGCGCUGCUAAACGCCCACCCCUCGACGACAGUCUUUGAGACUCUCGAGAUGGUCAAGGUCCACUCUGACCGUCUCAAGGACUCUGUCGCCAACCCCGUGCCUCUAUCCGCCGGAACGGACCUCUUCUUGCAGUACCUUGUUUCGUCUCUACGCCAGCAGGACGGCAGCUUCGAUGCGGUGCGACAGCAUUUGCUCCGUAACGGUCGCCUCUUCGCGGCGAGGGCUAACGCCGCUCGUGAAGGUAUUGCCGACGCGGGGUGGAGGCUCGUCCGCGAGGGGCAGUGCAUUCUCACGCACGGGGCCUCACGAUCAGUCGUGGGAAUCCUGGAGCGCGCGGUGCAGGAUCUCGGGGCUGCCAAGUUCAAGGUCAUCUACGUCCGCGAGGAAACGCGCGUGGAGGAGAGUGACCGCGUCGUCCGCGAGCUCCGUGAGAAGGGAAUUCCAGUUGCUGAGAUCGCAGAGGCCUCGGUUGCCUACGUCAUGGGUCUGCUGCGGCAGGUCAACAUGGUAAUUGUCGGUGCCGAGGCCGUCACCUCCAACGGUGGCAUCAUUUCUCGUAUGGGAACCCUGCAAAUCUCCAAGUUGGCUGCCCAGGCUAGCGUGCCCUUUUAUGUCGCCGUCGAGACGCACAAGUUUGCCCGCAAGUUUGUCAUGGACCAGCGAGACAUUGGCUUCAAGCAGGACGUGCUCGACUUUUCCGUCAACACCAAGAGCAAGCAGCCCGUCGAUGCCGUCGACUUUACACCCCCUGACCUCAUCUCCAAGCUCAUCACAGAGAACGGUAUUAAGCUUCCUGGCUACGUGUUUGAGCAGCUCCUCGAUAUCUACGGUAGCUUGAACAGCUGA